GCUUUAGCAUCUCUAGUAAAUAUGUAAACAGAAAAAAAAUCAAAGUCACUAAAAAAAAGGGUGCAACGGCGAAAUUGCAUUUAAAUCCGGGCCUAAACAAGUGUAUAUUAGUUCGAAGUAACCGCAGCAGGCGGGGGGAGGUGGCAGAAACUCGGUGGGAGGUUAUUCCCUCCCACUCUAUAUCUCAAGCUCGCCUGCUCGCUCUCUCCCACACUCUGUUUUGAAUGGCCAUGUGUGCGUGCGAGUGAAAGGUGGGGAGCUUUGGCUGGCGGAGUAACUGUAACAGUUGCAGUUACCUGUCCAAAGCGCCAAGGAGCGGCGCCCAGUUUCAAGAGAUCGUACCUGACAUGGAUGACACGGAAUUUAUGUUUAACGAGAAGCAAUCAAUUCGGGACUCUUCGAGGACCCUCAAGCGCUACGGCAGCACCUGCUGCAACAGCAUGCGAAACAAUGAGACACUCAUCCGGCACAUUGUGGAGAAGACGGACACAUUGCAGGGCAUUGCCCUCAAAUACGGAUGCACGACGGAGCAAAUAAGACGCGCCAAUCGGCUCUUCGCCUCGGACAGCCUGUUCUUGCGUCAGUUCCUGCUGGUGCCCGUGGAGAAGAACUCACCGUAUUAUCCCCAGGUGCCUGGCGGUGGCGAUGCCAUAGCCGCCUUCGAUGCUGUGCUGGCCACGCCACCGGGCACUCCUGAUGCCAAUGGACAACGGGAGGCGCAUAACAAUGCCAACAACCUGAGCCAAAGCCACAGUUUCAUCAACAGCAGUGGGAACAGUACCAGCAGCAGCAGCACCAGCAGCAGUAGCAGCAGCAGCAGUGGUAGCAGCAACAGCUGUAACACCAGUGGCGUCCCUCCCACAACCGGUGGAUCGCGCUCCGGCAACGGAAAUGGCAGCCAACAGCCGCCACAGCGUCCCUACUCCAUCGCCGGUGAGCUGCUUAUGGGACAGACCGGUGACGAGGAUCCCGCCAUGAUGCAUGGACAUGGCGGAUGCAGUGGCAAGCAGAGCAAGAGCCUGGACUCGGUGGCUGCCAUGACGCCGGAGGAGGAGAACAGGAAAUGCAUGAACGACUUCCUUAACAAGAUUGACAACACCAUCUCCGAGUCGCGCAAAUAUGUGGAACGCUCCAAGGACCUGGUCAGCAGUCAGAGUGAUGCGGACAUCUGUGUCAGUGCCAGUGCCGACAUAUUCCCGCAGCGCCGUCAUCCCCUGAACAACUCCUACAAGACCAACAAUAACGACCGUCCGCCGCAGUAUCAGCGUCACAGUUCGACGGGCAGCGGGAAUUCCUCAGAUACGGCGCAUCUGCUGAACACGACGCAGACGCGCAGAGUGCAGAACUCGCUGAAGCGACUGGAGAAGCAGCAGGACGACUUCUUUGAGUUGUAGCAGCUGCCGCAAAAAUCUAGCCUAAUUACGCUGAGGAGUUAAUCUAAUAAAUCGUUUUAAUAUUGCCGCGCAUUCGGGGGUAGAAGCGCGCAUUCUAAAUGUAAUUAUAUAUAUAUAUAUAUAAUCUGUCGACACAUAUGCGAUAUACCUUACCGAUACGAGAGAUACCUAUUAAACAUUAAACAUAAGCUGUAACACUGAGCUAAAACCUCAAACUAAAACUUCAAAAGGAAGCCUAAAACUAAGCGCUGCGCUCUGUAAACCUGUAGUACGAUGACAAGGCAGUUCCGUUCCCCAUUUUUUGCCGCCAAUUUGCUUGCAAGAAAGCCUUCUAUAUUGCCCAUUGUCCUCCUGCCCCACAUUAUGUUUACUUUUUUUGUAUGACUUUUAGCUUUAAUCGCACUGUGUAUAAAUUUAGUUAUGAGAAUUAUUAAUGUUAAUUGUAUAUAUAUCUAUAUAUAGUCGCUAGCAACAUUAACAACACGAAAUUGGCCAACUGUUGACGUGUAUUUUUAAUUUAUUUCAUAGCCUUCCCCAAGUAUUAAUUCCCAAAUUCCAUUCUGUGCAAUCUAAACCUACAAAAAAAGAAAAGCAAAAACUGUAACCUCCACGAAAAGAACCUAUAUCCCAGGAAACACUCAAAUAUCGAACUGUGUGUGCACUCAUAUUCGAGCCAAGUCAUGUUGUAUGUGAGAAUGUUUUAUAAAAAUACAAAUAAAGUGAGAAUUGUGUUGGAAAAA